AGGAGGCAUUUCCUUGACGUUGAAUCGGGGUAUCUAGUCUGAAGAUGCAAUUCUCGCCCGGGCCUAUUUGACCUUUAAAUAUGAGAAUUUAACGAGUUCGCAGUGAUCCCUGGUCAACGUUUCUGUCCAACGCACGUACGACGCAAGGACCAGUUGUUGUAAGGAACAACCUUCGACGAUUGUAGUCCUUGGCUCUAAUUCCGAAGGAGUUCGGUCAACGGGGGAUGGUUGAUGGGAUGUAUCUCUAGCUGCAAAGCCUGGGAAGGUCGUGUAGAUAAUUCCGCCGCCCAAGCCUGCUGUGCAGCCGCACCUUUGCAACAUUUAGGGUUCGUGUUGCAAAAUGUGUAUUAG